UUAUUUAAUUUAAAAACCUCAAAAAUUUCUCAAAAUCAAAGGUUUAAUACUUUACUAAUGGCCAAGUUCGGAAAGCUAACAAAGCUCAUAAAGAAAUGGCCUUCGUUCACCAAGAACCACCACCCAACCACCGAAUCCUCCUCCUCCGUGGCCACCAGCAAGGUCUCAAAAUGUGACGGUGAUCUUCAACUGGUCUACGUCGGGAAGUCUCGGAGACCUUACAUGCUUAGUUCCAACGUCAUCAACCAUCCGCUUGUCCAAGAACUACUUGAUAGAUCAUCGAGAUUUAUAGAAGAACGUCACGAUCAAAAGACUGUCUUGGUAGCUUGUGAAGUCGUAUUGUUCGAGCACUUAUUAUGGAUGCUCGAAGACAGUUUCUCCGAUCACGACGAUGAUGAUGAUCGCGAGAUAGGAUCUGUCCAGGAGUUGGCUGAGUUCUACACUUAUUGACGGCGACGUUAUACUUAUUUGUCUUAAUAUAUAUUUUAUUUAUUGAAAGUUUUUAUUUGUUCCUACAUGAUCCAAUGCGAUCCCCAAAACAUUAACUUCGGUUUUGUUUUCUAAUCAUUCUUAGGACAUCUUCCCUAAUCAUACUAGAAACUCUA